UUGUAUGGAGGACGCUUUAUAUCUGUUCGAAAUAAAAACACCUUUUUGGUAGGAGGCACUAAUUUUACAGAAUUCGCUUGAUAAAAGAUUCUCCGGAGCCCUAAAACUGGGCCUAACCUCAAAUCGAAAUGUCUCUUAUGAGGAAUAUAUUCUCCCGGAUGCUGAAUAACUUACCAUCCUUGCCACAGAUUCAAGCAGUGAGAUAUCGCUACCAUGCAGAUAAAUUAGCAAAAGGUCGUCUUCUCCGUAGAUAUGGGUACAAGGAUCCUAUUAUCCAAGGAGGGCUCCUUCCUCGAUACGAUUGUGGCCGGAAAUUGCCAAUGCCGGAAUACAGACCGAAGAAUCCCUAUGCCCUGAAGAGAGCUGUAAUGGGACAAAAUGAUUACAUUGAUAUCCUUGGGAAUGAUCGUUUACAUCCCACAAAAGUCCUAUAUUCUGUACCUGCAUGGCUUCGUGGUGCAUCAGGGAAUGAAUAUCAGCUGCUUCUGCGGAAAAGGAAGAUCCUGAGCCAGUCACUUUAUCCUCUAGUACGGCCUACUAAAUGGAGAGAUUUGGAGAAACGCAUUAAAUAUCUCUAUUAUUUCCUCAACAAGAAGACAAAGACGGGAUACUCAAAGGACAAGUAAAGAGGUAAUUUUUUUUAGCAUUUUCAAAGGAAAUGGAAAAAUUGAGAAAAUUAGUAAAAAAGUUGUUAAAAA